CAAGCGAAGAGAAGAGACGAGAGAACCCUGGAAUAGAAGGCAAAAGCUAAAAGAACGUCGAAAAAGCUCCAAGAAAGCAGUGCAAUAGCCACACCAAAAAAGGCAACCAAGAAACCGAGUCUGCAUCAAUGGUGGUCUCAUCCAAUUUCACCUCAAUCUCUCUGAGCUCUCCUCGCAUUCUCUCUUCCGUCGUUAAGUCUUCCGUCUGCGCAAUUCCUCUGAACAACGGUUUCAGCCCAAGAAACAUCAGUUCAAGCGCGACAAGCUUCUUCGGCGUCCAUGGCUCGAGAAGAUGCAGACCCAUCUCGGUCCAAGCCAUGUCUUCCUCGUUCGGGUCUCGGCUCGAGGAGACCGUGAAGAAGACUGUCACUGAGAACCCAGUUGUCGUUUACUCCAAAACUUGGUGUUCCUAUUCAUCUGAGGUGAAAUCGCUGUUCAAGAAACUUGGCGUGGAACCAUUGGUCAUUGAAUUGGACGAGAUGGGCGCCCAAGGGCCACAGGUACAGAAAUUGCUGGAGAGGCUUACGGGACAACACACUGUACCAAAUGUUUUUGUCGGGGGCAACCACAUUGGCGGGUGUUCAGAGACUGUGAAGCUGCACCACAAAGGAGAACUUGAACCUCUGCUGGCAGAAGCUACCAAAAAUGCACAGAGCUAGUUUGCUGAUACGUCUUCCUUUGACGAACCUGAUAUUGUUACAACCUUAAGUUUGACUUCAAACUUGCUCAUAUGCAUGUUUACCGUUGUCAGAUAUAAAUGUACUGAAUGAACCUUAUUAGUUAAUUCAUUCAUAACAAUCUAAUUCCAAAA